GUUUUGAGUGGUAGGCAGAGAUAGACGGGGGAGUUAAAGCAGCAAUGUGUCUGGGUUGAUGGCUGUUUUCGGAGGAGUAUUGUCGCGAACUGAAAUGUGGUGAUGCGAUGGGAAGUAGGGCUGGAUGGGACUAGGCCGGGUUUGGCAAGGCGUUCGCGCUAGCGAGACGACGACGUCUACCACCCAUUGGAGCGACAAGUACUCUUCAAUUACCUCUCCAAGCACGCGACCACACCACCAUGGCGUCGCCAGCUCCUCUCGAGGUCAUCGAGCGGGAUGAUGCUGGUAACAUAGCCUCUACGUACGUCGAGUCCGCAGGUCGCGACGGAAACUCCCGGAUCGACAUUAUCCUUCCGAAAGAGACGAAGAGCUAUGCGCAGCAACUGCUCGAUGUGUUUCUUCCAGCGGGAUAUCCGCACAGCGUAACGGAGGAUUAUAUCCAGUACCAGAUCUACGACUCACUCCAAGCCUUCUCCUCCUCAAUAGCCGGCAUGCUAUCUUCACGGGCAGUCCUAGAAGGUGUCGGAGUCGGGGAUGCGUCGGCAUCUCCCACAGCUGCGCUGCUGCUCUCGGUGCUGCAGGAAUCCAUGGGCAGGAUAGCCACGAUUCUGUUUGCGCACAAGCUGGGCACGUCGCUCGAACCCGAGUGCAAGAUGUAUCGGCUCGCAGCGGACAUCUUCAACGACGCCGCAAUGAUCCUAGACUGCCUGUCCCCUGCCUUCCCCAAAGCAGCGAGAGUCAUGAUAUUGUCCUUCUCGAGCGUGCUUCGGUCGCUCUGCGGUGUGUGUGCUGGGAGCUCCAAAGCGAGCUUAUCGGCCCAUUUCGCGAAGCGUGGAAAUCUCGGAGAGUUGAACGCUAAGGACUCCAGCCAAGAGACGGUUAUAUCGUUGAUGGGCAUGUUGGCUGGUAGCGUUGUCGUCUCCUGGGUGUCGUCGCCAAUGGCGACCUGGGCUACCCUUAUCGCUUUGUUGUCGGUCCAUCUGGGAACGAACUACGCCGCUGUCAAGUCCGUGAAUAUGCGGAGCUUGAAUCGACAACGGGCCAAUAUAGUGCUCAGUAAUAUCCUGCAGGACGGACGAAUCCUCUCACCAACGGAGGUCUCGAAGAGAGAACGGGUGUUCGAGCGUGAGGGAGUGCUGCGCUGGGCCGAUGACGGAAUAAUUGGACACUGCAGGAUUGGCGUGACGAUGCAAACAAUGCUCGGCCAUAUGGGACCACGCCACGAACGGACAGGAUCGCUCGACCUGCAAGCCAUCAAAUUGUCCGAUCUCAUGCGUCUCUAUGAGUAUGAGACAUACAUUCUGUGGUUUGCCCCAACCGAGGCUCUGAUCGUCCUGAAGCAGGGCUGCACUCCGAUUGAUCAGCUCAAAGCAUGGACGCAGGCUUUGUUGCUCGUUCGGAGAGAGUGGGUCAAAGCAUCGGAUCGUAAGCCUGACACAUCUGGCGAGCGAUUUGCUGAGCUGAGAUCCACCGUGGAAGAGACGGCAAAGGUAUUCGACACAUACGCAGCACAGUUGAGAGACGUCGGAUGGGACCUUGAUGUCGCCGCCCUUGAGACACGGGCUGGUAAACGAAUUGAAACGAAUAAGAAAGCAUAAGACGUACCGACACCGGGAACCUGCUGCCUAAGGAAGUACACCUGGCUACAUCUCCUAGCCGUCAAUGCGUCUCCGAUAUUUGCGAGCAAGGAGUAUCCGAGACUGGCAUCCACAUAAUGUUAGAUUAAAAGUCGACGCUUCUGUUGGAGGGCACCAAUAUCAUGAUCGACGACAGCAUUU